AUGAAGAGCGAACGCUCGACGCCGCCUCCCCGACAAAAUUGGGAGGCUCUGAGGAACGACAUCGAGAAGUGGUACGUGACGGAGGACAUGCCUGUUAAAUAUGUUCGGCAGCAACUCUCUCGACGCAAUUUUCAUGUGAGUGAGAGACAGAUUAAAAGCAAGCUCGAGAAAUGGAAGCUUCAAUGCAAAAGGACUCCGCACGCGCAUUAUAUGGCCAUGAUGGCGGUGGUAGACGACUACAAUUCUCAGGGCACGGAGAUUGAGUUUUUUGUGCUAAAAGGGCUACGGGAAGUCGUGUACACCAAACAAAAGAUCAAGAAAGAAUGCCGAUGCUGA